ACAAAAUGUUAAAAAAAGACUUGGGUAAUAUCAUUUACAUUGACCUUGAAGACUCCACCAAUUUUGAACUUGAAUGGAUAGUUGGAUGAUUCUAAAGUUCGUUCCUAGAUGAUCAAAGCUCCUAUUUGUACCCUCUAUUUAUUUUUUUUUUUACGGUCAACACCUUCCAGAAUUUUUUUUCUUUAUUCAAACCUUUUACUUUUCAAAAUCCGUAAAAAACCUAAUAUUUUAACGCGUCGUCACGGUAUUGUUACAAAAUGCAUUACCCGCUAGUGCCGCUGCCAUCUCACCGGCAAGAUCAGGCCCGGCAAUUAUGGUCCGUUCGGGAACUCAGCUCUGGGUUCCGGAACUCAGCUCUGGGUUCCGGAACUCAGCUCUGGGUUCCGGAACCUAGAGCUGGGUUCCUUGUGAGGAACCCGAUUUGGGUUCCUCACGACGAGGAACUCAGAGUCGAGUUCCUCAUGGGUUCCUCGGGAGGAACCCAGAGCUGGUUCCUCGGGAGGAACCCAGAGCUGGUUCCUCCGGAGGAACCAGCUCGAACCCACUGGGUUCCUUGUGAGGAACCCAGCUCUGGGUUCGGGACCCCAGAGCUCCUAUUCUAAAUUUUUUUUUUUUGGUGGGGGGCGCGGGGACAAGCGGGGGAAAAGUUUCGUGCAGUGAGCUCCACUGCACACGUGGUGUCCACGUGUGCAAAAAAGAAGCCAUUUCAUCAAAAAGCAGAUCCACAUCUGAACCUAAUGAAUAAGGAAACGUCGG